AUGAACCGCUGCGCUGGUAAGGCCCGGGUACAGUUACAGCCCCGUUUAGAGCCCGAUGCCAAGAACCGGUACAAAACAGCCAAGGAGAUGCUGGAACAUCUCCAGCUUGUGUUUAAGGAUCCCCAGCAACGUCGCAUUGCCCAACGAGAGUACGGGGAGCUAAAGAUGAAGGCGAACGAUGACUUCAAUUCGUUCUACGCGGAAUUCUCCCGUCUUGCUCUGGAGUCGAAGCGCGACGAGGAGCUGCAGAAGGAUGAUCUGUUCGAGAGACUUCCGUACCGGUUGCAGACCAAGGGCUCCACCUCGAACACGCGAACAAGCACCACGCCCGCGGUCAAUCGUCGUGGUAAGACGAACACCACCUUCGCCGAGCGACAGGCCCUGCUAAAGGAAGGGAAAUGUUUCAACUGUAGGAAGGAGGGCCACCUCAGCCGCGACUGUCCGGAGGGAGAAUCGGAGGAUAAGAACAAGACGAAGGCAGCGGCUACCUCCGCUAAGAAACGAAGCCAGUCAACCCAACAACGCAUCCAGGAUGCUGAGUCCGAUUCCGCAUCUGAUUCGGGAAAAGACUAA